AUGCCUCCCCCAAAUCCUCUCAUCGCAAUUUUCCCCUCCCCCCCCUCUCAACCCCUCUCCGCCAAGUCUUCCCCCUUCUCCCAUCAUGCUCCCAUCCCAACCCAAGCCCGACAAACCCUUCUCCCCCCCUCUCCGUUCGCCCUCCCUGGGGAGGAAGUGCCGAAUGCGCACUUCCACAAGGACUGGCAGUCGUACGUGAAGACAUGGUUCAACCAACCCGCCCGCAAGAAGCGCAGACGGAUCGCGAGGCAGAAGAAGGCCGUGAGCAUCUUCCCGCGCCCGACGGCGGGGCCGCUGCGGCCGGAGGUGCACGCGCCCAGCAUCCGCUACAACUCCAAGAUCCGCGAGGGCCGCGGCUUCACCCCCGCUGAGCUCAGGGAGGCGGGCAUCCCCAUUAGGGUUGCGCGCACCAUCGGUAUCUCCGUGGACUCGCGCCGCCGCAAUCGCAGCCUGGAGAGCCUGCAGGUGAACGCCGCGCGUCUCAAGGCGUACAAGGCCAAGCUCGUCGUGUUCCCGCGCCGCUCCAAGAAGCCGAAGGCUGGCGACGCCUCGGCCGAGGAGCUGGCAGCCGCCGUGCAGCACGUGGGUGCUGUCCUGCCCAUUGUCAGGCCGGUAAAGGACGUGCCUCUGGAGGCCAUCACAGAGGAGCUGCGCUCAGUCAAGGCGUACGAGACUCUCCGCCAGGAGAGAACCACCGCCCGGCUUGCAGGCAUCCGCAAGAAGCGCGCUGCGGACAAGGAGAAGGAGGAGAAGAAGUAA